UUAAUCCUAAAAUAAAACAAUUAAAAUUUGAAAGCAAAGCAAAAGCUCCAACUCAGAGAGAGUUGGGUUGGGUGUGUGUGUUUGUGUUUUCCAUUUUCCAUUUUCCAUUAUCAUCAUCGUCAUCAUCAUCAUCUCUCUCUCUCUCUCUCUCUAACAUGGGUUCCAGCAAUAGUCGACUGGAGUCACGCCCUUCUCGGCCCCCACGAGUCAACGGCACCAAUCGCUCUAACGUCUUCUCUCUCAUCUGUGGUGGCUCCUCUUCUCGCGCUACCCAUCAGUUGGAAGAUCGUCCAGUUGAAUUUCUGGUGGAUUCUGCAGAACAUUCUAAUCAACUCAUCAAUGAAGUUCAGAACAUCACAGAGGAAACCACUCUAAGUACUGGUACUGGAAGGUUCUCAUGCUCAAAUACUGAAAUUGGUGCCUCAUCUGAAAGCAGUAUUUUGGCUAGUGAGGAUACUUCAGUUGAACAUGGUUCAGUAUACAUUGAAACUAAUAAUCGAGGGAAGUGCUUUUCUGAAAGUAAGGAGCUAGUUCCUCCUCAUCAGGUAAGUGCUGGUCAUGGUCAUGAUGAGUCUUAUAGGGAUAGUGGUACUACAGCUAGUACUUCGUUAAAAGAACAACAAUCUUCAGACCCAGUCUCUGUUAAUGUUUCCACUAACAAGGAUGCAGUCAAUGGUAUUGAUGAUUCAGUGGACAGGAGAGUACCUCAGAUAUGUCCCAAGGUUCAUCCUAGCAGCUCAUCUUCUCAAGAGAUAGGAGAUUCAAGUUCCCGUAGAGUGUCUGUUGAGAAUCACAUUGGUGAAGUAACUGCAUCUGAUUCUGAUUCUGUUCCUCAUGAGUCCAAUUUACCAGCAACAUUUCGGUCGUUGGGAGAUGGAUCUCUUCCGGAGGCAAUACCUUCAGGUUUAGGAUUCCUUGUUUCCAAUAGGGACCGGAGCUGGGCAGAUGGAAGUGUACUUCAGGUUGAUGUGGUUACUAUCUCUUCCAACAUUAUUUCAAGUAGCAAUGCCGAUGAAGGUAAUCGGGAGGUCAGAAGGAACAGUAGAAGACUGUUUUGGGAUGCUUUUUCAAGACGCAGUUCUAGAAGGAACAGUGAUUCUCCCACCAUUCUUUUGUCAACAGAUGAUACUGAUGAUUUAGGAUCUCAUGAUAGAUGGCUCCUUGAUUUGAGUGGUGACUUUUUUGAUGAUGGUGUUGGAAGUGAUCGUGGAUAUCUGGGCAGUAGAAUUCACAGAUUGAAUGAACAACGACGGCAUUCAAGAUCUGAGAUCUGGGAAAGACUUCGUGGAAGCCUUGAUGACAAUGGCAGGCGAAAUACCACUUGUCCAUCAGGUCUUCACCAAGAUGGUAGAUGCUCAUGUGAGUCACUCUCGAUGAAUGAAGAAUCUAGUACUCGUGCAAGUAUAUCACGCAUAGUCAUGCUUGCUGAAGCUUUAUUUGAGGUUUUGGAUGAAAUUCACCGUCAGCCUGUGUCACUUUCCCUAUCUAUGGUUUCACUUCCAGCCCCUGAAUCAGUUGUUAACUCUUUUCCUCUCAAGAGUCACAAAAAGGUUGAGACAGCUGAGGGCAGUGAAGCAGAACAGUGUUACAUUUGCCUGGCUGAGUAUGAGGAAGGGGACAAAAUCCGAGUUCUUCCUUGUCACCAUGAGUAUCAUAUGUCAUGUGUUGAUAAGUGGCUUAAAGAGAUACACGGAGUAUGUCCACUUUGUAGAGGAGAUGUUCGUGAGGGUUUGACUGAAUCUUCUGUUUCUAACUCAGAAAUCCCUUCCCUUUGAUAGAAUUGUACAUACUGAUGUAAAUAGUGAUAACCUCUCACACUGUCACGCAUAAAAUGUGUAUUCAGUCUUUAUAUGUUGAACUGUAUCACAAUUUAAUGUUACUUUUUCCUAUUUCGUA